AUGGCUGAUCAAAGUCUGUCAAAUUUGGCUCUUCGCAAGGAUGCCAUAAAAUCAGCCGUUUUAGAACUCAAAGGAUUUCCGAGUUUGCUGGAAAGGUCUUUUAUACCUACAGGAGAUGCUGACAGCUGUUCUGAAAAGGYUGAAUUUCGUGUCAUGCAGUGGAAUGUACUWGCAGACGCAUUGUCAGAAUCAAGCUCAACACAUAACUUCAUCAAAUGUCCAACUCAAGCCUUGACAUGGUCAAAUCGGAAGCACCGUUCAUUGCAAGAAUUGCUCACUUACAACCCAGAUAUCAUUUGCUUACAAGAAGUGGAUCAUUAUUUUGAUUUUUAUCAACCUCAGCUAAAGAAGGUAGGCUAUGAAGGAGCAUUUGUUCCUAAGGUAGAUUCUCCUUGCUUGAAUUCUCCUGAUAACACAGGACCAGAUGGAUGUGCUCUAUUUGUUGAUGAGGAACGCUUUUUGCUGAAAGAUUCAAAAGGAAUUCAGCUUGAAGAUGUUGAUGGUGAAAAAACAAAUCAAGUUGCAUUGUUGGUAGAACUUCUUGACCAAUCAGARGGACAGCUUAUUUAUUGUGCUGUGCUACACUUGAAAGCCAAACCUGAAUUUGAAAAGCGYCGUCUUGCUCAAUGUGAAUUUGUACUGAAAAAGUURAAAGAGUUCAUGAAAGARGAUUCUUGCAAUGUUAUCAUUUGCGGAGAUUUUAAUGCAGAACCAGUUGAACCAAUGUAUGCAUUGAUGCAAAAGGGUAUCAAUGAAAUUCCUCUUCACAGUGCUUACAAAAGUGCAACUUCAGACGAGCCAUUAUUCACAACAUUCAAAAUCCGGCCAAAAGGUGAAGUCGUGCAUACCAUAGACUAUGUAUGGCACUCUGCCAAUAUUAAAGUCACAGGCUAUUUACAAGUGCCACAACAAGAUGAGAUUGGUUGCAAUGGUCUUCCAUGCAUGGCAUACCCUUCUGAUCAUUUAUCUUUGAUAUUUGACUUUUGUAGGUAAAUUUAAUAUUUUCUUUUCUGCUUCAAAGCUCAUCACAUCUCAGGUAUCAAAUAUUAAGACUUCUUUCGUAUAGUAGAGUUUUCAGUGUGUAGAUUUUAGGAACAUUAUAAGCAUGUCAAGCACAUCACUUAAAUUUCAUGAUUACAUCAAGAUCCUAAUUGCCAAUUCUUUUAUUCAAAAUGGCAGACAGUGCAAGGGAAUUAUGAUGUCACAAGCAUUUUAAUUUUAUUUAGUUAGCCUGCAUAGCAUCCCUCUUGGGUUCCCUGUGGACAAGGGCCACUACGCAGGCUACAUUUAAGUUUACUUACAAGUUUGUAUUUACGAAUUAUUUUCUAAUAUAAAACAGUUUUUUUUUUGAA